GUUUGUAUUCAAUGGAGAUAUUGAAAAAAUGUAUCGUCAGAUAUUGAUUCACGACGAUGAUAAACAGUUUCAGCGAAUCAUAUUUCGCAAAUCGGCUGAAUCUCCUGUCACCGAUUACUGCCUGAAAACUGUUACAUUUGGGGUCAAUUGUGCACCAUACCUUGCCAUCCGUACAUUGCAUCAACUUGCAACGGAUACUGCGGCAAUAUAUCCACUGGCUGCACCAAUAAUACGAAACCAAACAUAUGUCGAUGAUAUUUUAUCCGGUAGUCAUGACAUAGAUAGUGCUUCUGAAUCACUUUUCCAAGUGGUCAAUGCUCUAAAAUCUGCUGGUUUCAUACUUAAAAAAUUAACGGCAAAUAACGCAACCAUACUGCAACAAUAUCCCAAAGAGGAUCUGCUCGAUUCAAACUUUCUGAAAUUCGAGAGUGCUUCUAAAACCAAAACUCUGGGUAUCCAAUGGAACGCUCUAACAGAUAAGUUUACCUACACAAUUCUGCCAGCUACUUCAGCAAAUGCGGUCACUAAGCGACAAAUUUUAUCGUCGGUUGCAAAACUUUUUGACCCGGCACUGAUUGGAUUGAAUGUGCUAAACCCACAGCUUUGUCAAAAUGGCACACCUUUGCUGAAAAUCUGCCAGCCAUUUGCGCAAUCGAAAUACCACGCUGGAUAA